AUGUCGUCUGGAGCGGAUUUCGCCCGGAAGGGCUCGCUUACAUUCGCUAUCAUAUUGUCUGUGAUUGCCAUGGGGCUAAGCAUCGCAGCCAUAUUAACACCCAGCUGGCAGGUGGUGAAUCUGCGUGAGUACAAUUCGAUCCACGAGCACGGACUAUGGCUCGAUUGCACGCGGCACAGUCGUGAUGGAAACCAUAUUUUGCAACGAUAUGCAACCGUAACCGAGCCACUACACUGUGUGUACAAGUUCGAUUACGACAAAUACUCAGGCACGUUCGACCUCGAAGAUGACAACAGCCCAGUCGGCGAGGUGAAUCGGCACAAGUUCUAUGGAUGGCAUACAGCGACGUUGAUUUUACUCGGAUUCGCUUUGAUUACGACGUUUUUGUCGAUCUGCCUCGGAAUGUGCGCAUGUUGCUACGGUUCACUCAGCCUUGUCUUCACCGCCGCCACACUCCUCUCCACCUUCCUUUCAUCCGUUGCUGUAGGCAUAUUCUUCUUCUACUCACACCGUGCCGAUAAUCGUUUCAUUAAAGGAAUUGUGGGGACAUACGAGCAAAGAGUCGGCAUAGCCUUCUUCCUUGAAAUGGCUGCCGCUUUUGUUCAUUUCAUCGCUUUCCUUGUUUCUAUGGUUUCCACCUAUUUCUCUUUUGCCGCGUCCAAAGACGCUCCAGAUCACUAUAGCCUUCAGCGUAGUUCGCGAACGAAUAUCACGAACAUAGGCAGAUCGAUGGAGUUCGAUGCACCGUUGAUGUAUCAAUCAUCACAGACCCCUCAGUCGAUCAUACGACAACCCUACUCAAAACAGGAAGAGUAUGAUCGAACAGUAGCUGAAAGCAUGCCCGAAUUGGGAAUGAACAGGUCAGAUCUGUUUGAUCUAGUAUGA